UUGAGAACUUGUAAAAAAGUUUACAAGCGGCAUCAAACUGUUUAAAAAUUAAAAUAGGAACCUGCUUUUAAAGUUUGUGUUUUUAUUCAAUUUAAAAGUCAGGUAGCUCAUUUUAAAUACAAUGUUUCGUAACCAGUACGACAGUGACGUCACAGUAUGGAGUCCUCAAGGUCGUCUCCAUCAAGUGGAAUAUGCAAUGGAGGCAGUGAAACUCGGAUCUGCAACUGUAGGUUUGAAAAACAAACAGUUUGCUGUGUUAAUUGCUUUGAAGAGAGCAGUUAGCGAGCUGUCUGCAUACCAGAAGAAGAUAAUACCCAUUGAUGAACAUAUCGGUAUCUCCAUUGCUGGUUUAACAGCUGAUGCUAGAAUGCUGAGCCGUUUUAUGCGCACAGAGUGCCUCAACCAUCGUUACGCCCACGACGCUACAAUGCCUGUGGGCAGACUGAUCUCUCUUGUCGGUAACAAAAUGCAGAUUUGCACUCAGAGGUACGACAAGAGACCACUCGGUGUUGGCUUACUUGUGGCUGGCUAUGAUGACCAAGGACCCCACAUUUAUCAGACAUGCCCAUCAGCGAAUUACUUUGACUGUCGUGCAAUGGCCAUUGGAGCUCGGUCACAAUCAGCGAGGACAUACUUGGAGAAGCAUUUGAACACCUUCCAGGAUUGUGACCUGCAAGAGCUGGUGGCCCAUGGGCUCAGGGCAUUGAGAGACACGUUGCCUAAUGAAGUUGAUUUGAACACUAAGAACGUGUCAAUAGCGAUAGUGGGCCCGAAGACGCCACUACGCAUCAGCGAUGAGACCGAGCUGAUACGCUACUUGGCGCUGGUUGAAGGCGAGGAGAGACGUGGUGGUGGAACUGCAACUGGAGAUGCGGGACCUAGUCAAGACGCUCCGGGGGAACCUCGAGACCCACAAGCGGCGGUGGCAAUGGACACGGAAUAAAAGACAGGUUGCAGGGGGAGGUGACAGAAGAGAUUCAAGACCUGCGAAUCUAUGAGGUUGUGACCUCCCUCCUUCGUGUCGUCAACGCUGCUUUUUUUGUCCUACCCUCUUUUAAUUUUAAAGGUUCGCAUUGGCCAGUGCUUUUUAUUUAUUAGGCUUGUGAAUAGCUUGAAAAAAAAAACUAUUUGUUUAUGGUAGAAUUUGAAACAAACCGGGCUUGCAUAAUUUUUGAUGAUCAUGAUAACAGUUUUUUUUGUUUAACUCCCGCGUCUAAAUUAAUAAUAAGAAAAAAAAAAUCUCUAUUUUUUAGUUAUAUUGUUUUAAAUAAAGAUACGAUGCGGGACUCGAACCCGCGUUCUGUCCGUCCGAGCGCAUUUCAUCGUCAAGGAAUCAUUUCGCAUGAAUACCUUUAUUUAUAAGUACAAAAGUACUUAUGUGCAUUUAUGUGGUUAAAUACAUUAUUCAUUUAUUGCGCUAUCGUACACAAAAAUGACAACAUUAAAAAGUUUAUCUCAAAGAAAAAUCAACUUUCAUCCAUAAUUUAAACGACUGGUUUACGAAUUUUCGAUCAGGUCACGUGUCCUGACGCGAGUUUAACAUUUUAUACCCUGCCUAAGAAAAGUGCUCAACGCCGUUGAAGAAGUUUUCCCUUCAAUAAUGAACGUCCAAUACCUACAUGGCACGCACACUAAAACCGAAACUGUACAAAACGAAUCGCUUCAUACAAUGCAUCUUUUUUUUAAUGAGUAGUUUGAGGAAGGGCUCAGUGCCACUAAUGCAAUAUCCAGAGGUCAACUUACAUCUAAAACUGAUUGCAUAUUAAUUCUUAAUUUGAAAGCUAUCUGAGAAAUCCAAUCAUCUGUAGCUGUUCUUAAAAUUAGCUUAAUAAUAAAGCACUGGCCGACGCGAAAAUAAAGGUGGAUUUCUACUAACGUAAUAUGUAUAUCUUUCUUAUAAAUAAAACACUUGCAUUUUUAAA